GGGCGCUAACGCGGUGCUGGUUCAACAUGUGUUCCUUCCUCUUAAGGGAAUCAGAAUACCAUAUUUAGCAGCCACAGUUGCACAACUUCACGUGACCUCGGACAACGGCCGGGAUGAGCACGUUUCAGACGACGACGGAGUAUUAAAGGCCGACUUCAAACCAAAGACCUCCUCCGUCACGGGCGUCCCAUUGAAUAUGUCGUGGAAUCCUUCUCCAGCCGUCUCCCAAGCAGACAUAGACCUGCUAACGAACCUUAAUCGCCAUCUCCUCCACGCCGCCGCGAUUUCCAGGUCCAUCGCCUUACGUUGGGGAGUUAAGCCACUCGAUCCAGAGGCGCUUGGCUUGGGUUCUUUUGACAGACAAGAACACGAUCGCCUUCCAAGAGCAGCUUACCCGCAUCGCCCGUAUCCUAUCGCACCUCCACCUGAUGGACCUUCCUUGGAAUCGACCCGCCAAACCGACGGACGCAACGUGCCCACACACAAUACCCACCCAUGGCGGCACUCGCCCUCCAUUCCUCAUUCAGGUGAAGCUCCUGGUGAUGCCCUCGUCCCAUCUCGCCAACGUUCAUCAGAACAUCCUUCAUCUGUGCCAUCACCCAGUCCCUUGCCCGAAAUGGAAUCAGACCGCACAAUUGAGGCGCGUCCUUCCAGAAAUCAUAAGCCAAACACUUUUACAAACGAAGAUGAAGAUAUGAGUCUGGAUGAAAUGAUUCUUAAUGUCGCCGAUGGUGACGAGCCAACAGGAGGGAAGACAAGUAAGAAAUCCCAUCGCAAUAACCCAAUACUCAUGAUAGAGGCACCUGGUCCUCGUCACCAAUCCUCAUCCUCGGCAGUGGCGCGUGAUAGUGCAGAUAGACGCAAGAAUAGGAACAACUCGAAUCAGCAUGGUCAGCUACGUGCUAUUGCCCACCGCAUCCCUCAACCUAUUGGUGACCCUCUUCCCCCGGACCAACCUUCUCGGACUCGCGAGAGUUCCCCUUCGUUAUUGGCGUAUCCCUCCUCAACAGUACCAAUCUCAGACACUGGCUCCACGGCACUCCACAUCUCAACACUUGACUAUCGAUUCUCGGCUGGCACCGGGCACGUUUCAGCCCACCUAGCGAUUCCUCCUUCUAUGGAGACACCUUACGGCCUGCGAAGCGCACAAGUUGGAAAUAAGGAUGCCCAUAUCGCAUUCGCCCCCCUAAACGGUCCUGACAGCAUGGCAGCUGUUGUCGAUCUCAACCGGAACGCAGAAGCACAUCACGUACGAAAACCUGCGCCUGUGAAUGAGAGAACUUGCAGUCAAUGUGGGAGGCCAGGUCGACUGAAAGACGGACGGUCUGUCGAGAAGUGGGGUCCAGGUCCAGAAGGGCCGGGAACAGUUUGUGAUAGGUGCCGUAAGAAAAUGAAACGAGAUGAAAAGCGCAGCACAGCAGACCCUGCGCUUAUGGUUCCCAAUGCUGUUCGCUUAGAUGCUCCAGCCGAACCGUCUUGCGAACCAUCUUACUCUCUUUCGCCUGAAAUCGAACGAAGCGCCCGUCAUGAUGCCGAGAACGGCUCACUAUCCCUCGCAUACCACCCGCACCCGCAUCCUCCUCAUGCAGCGUUCAGUCAACCCAAACCUUCCUUCCUGUCCCGCGAUAAAGAUCUAAUCCCCAAUCCCCUUGAAGACGGAAGAUACUCGCCCAGCAUGAAUAUCCAACCAGUUAGCGACAUUCGAAGCGAAUCCAGUGUCGACCAUAUCCAUUCUCGUACCACGAAUGAUCGCGAGCGCCGUUCAAAAGGCAGAGAUCCAGGCAGGAUCAGACGCAAGGCUCCAUCUUUUUCACCGUCCCGAUCUCCCUCUCCCCAUUCCAUCCUGGAGAACUCGCCCCCAGCGCCAUUUUCUCACAAAAAUUCGAAGUUUCACUCAUCCCCGGCUGCCGUGGAUGAUGCAUCCUGUCUUCUAGAGCAAGAAUUGUUUCAAACUGCAUCCCAUCCCCCCGACCCACGUGUACAGGACGGCGACUUCGACUCUGACUCGACCACAACCCAGUUCCGGAAAGAUUCGCAAAUAUCCCCAGUGGGGUCGACAUCUGAUGGAACGAUUGUAGACGCGUCACGAGGCUGCUCUACAGCCCCGCAAUCCGUCGCACCUAAUGGGAACUUCUCUGUGCUGCAACCUGAACCCUCACCUACACAAGGAGUGGGGUUUCCCGGCUCCAACGCCCACGUUCUCGCGUCAUCAACUGGCUCAGUACUUGGGAAAAGACGUUCCCCACCCGAUGGCGAGUCGACCGUGUCGGAUGUCGAGCGGCAGAGACCGAAAAAAGGUGAAAUACUCGUGGGUGGGGUCGAUAAUUCGAUGUCGCAACAUCUCACUCAACCUGACGCUCACGACAUUCUCGCCAACACUUAUGCAUCCGAUGAGGCGGACACUGUGAGAUGAUCUUAUUAUCUGAGCCGUUAGACUUGGUUCCGCAACAAACCAUGAUUUUUUGUCAAAUAUUUAUCCCUUUUCACUUUUUAUACCUAAACACACAUCCUCCCUUCUGGAGCUUAUGUUUUAAACAUCUUGCUCGCUCAGUGUACAUGUGAAUAAACUAACACUCUCGUAAUCACCUUUACCUUUUGUCUGACACUAUCUAAUCACAGUGGGUAUUAUGAAUCAUAAUACUUGUGCCAU